CAUGUCUGUCCUCGCUCUCACUGUGUCCGUGCUGGUCCUGCUGCCCCCCCAGGCGGCGCUGGCCCGGUGGGCGUGUGCCCGGGCCUGUCCGGCCUCCUGCUCCUGCACUCAGGAGAAGAGCUGCAGCGUCCUGUGCGACCGCUCCGGCCUCGCUGAGCUGCCCAGAGAGUUUCCCUGCGAGGCCUCGGCCAUCAACGUGGACAAGAACCGGCUCAAGUUCCUGUCGGAGAGAGCGUUCGGGACGCUGCCGUCGCUCAGGUCCCUGUCUCUGGAGCACAACAACAUCUCCUUCAUCACUCCUGGAGCCUUCAAGGGCCUCUCCAACCUGGUGGAGCUGAAGAUGGCUCAUAACGAGUACAUCAGCUACCUCCACACUCGAACCUUCUCGGGCCUGAAGAAGCUGGUGCGUCUGGACGUGUCCGACUGUAACCUCUUCAACAUCCCCGACCGGAUCUUCCUCGAGCAGCCGGCGCUGAGGGAAAUGUUCUGCUUCGAGAACAACUUCAGGAGGAUCCCCGGGGCCUUCAGGGGGAUGGAGAACCUCACGCACAUCUACCUGGAGAGGAACCGGAUCGAGGCCGUGGCCUACAACUCGCUGCUCGGCCUGGGGGGGCUCAGGUACCUGAACCUCCAGGAGAACCGGAUCAACGUGAUCCACGACCAGGCCUUCCAGGACCUGCUGCGGCUGGAGAACUUCUACCUCAACGACAACGUGCUGACCGAUCUCCCUCGAUCCGCCUUCAAGGGCCUGAGCCGCAUCAAGAUGCUCAACCUGGGCGGGAACCGUCUGAUCAACGUGUCCAGGACCUGGUUCAGCGACCUGGUGGAGCUGGAGACCCUCUACCUGGACCGGAACCAGCUGCUGUUCAUCGAGGAGGGAACCUUCGAGAACCUGACCAGCCUCAUCACGCUGCACCUGAACAGCAACAACCUCACGGGCCUGCCCUUCCCCGUGUUCCAGCCCAUCUACUUCCUGGCUCGCCUCUUCCUCUUCAGGAACCCCUGGGAGUGCGACUGCUCCCUCAAGUGGCUCCAGGACUGGAUGGAGAGCUACAAGCUGGUGCGGGACAUCCCCUGCUCCUCGCCCUCCUCCGUGUCGGGCCUGGACCUCAGCGAGGUGGUCUUCUCCAAGCUGAACGGCUCCUGCCUGGACCCGGGGGAGCUGAACCUGACCACGGCGUCCUCGGAGGUCGUCUCCACCACCGAGAACCGCUUCAACAGCCUGGUCUCCAGGCUGCUGCAGCAGGAGCUCCGGGAGGAGAUGGGGAACGGGACCGAGAGCCUCGGCAACGGGACGCUGCCGGAGGAGGGGCAGCUCUCCUCAGGGGUCGGAGGUCGAGGGGCCGGCCGGUCACUUGUGGGCUUCACCGUGGGGGGGCUCCUCUUCGCUGUGAUUGGCCGGUCACACGCUCACGCAGGUCUUUAUUGCACAUGAGGAGCCGAGGAACCAGGAAGUAGAUUUUCAAAUUGCCGUCGAGCUGAAGGAGAAGUCGUCGAAGGAUUUGCUGUUCGCAGUCGGACGAAGUUUCUACUCUCGAGCUUCACAUCCGAUAAUCUGAGAUAUUUAUAGACACGUCGGCUUCAGACUCAUCUGCUGCAGCAGGUGUUGAUUUCAAACAGCGGAUUAAUGCUUCCAGAGGAGAACCUCCACGUGAACGUCCACCUUUCACAAGAACUCAAUUGAAUUAACAUGAUGUCAUAUGUGGGCGUGUUCUUGGUGUGUCAUUGGUGAAUGUGUAAAGUGAAGGAGUCGUGAUCUCCUGAGCAGAUGUCCUCGCUGCUCCUGCUCUUCAUGGCGGCUCCGCAGCUUUUCCCUGUAAAUUCAUUAAUCUCCUUAUUGACACUUUGCUUCGGCUCCUGUGGACGGACGGCUUCAUCUUUAUGGACGUGAUCUCUCUCCGUACAGGGGGCGGAGUGGGUGUGACCACCAUAUGUCCGCUGUGGACCGUGGGGGA